AUUGUCAACGUGGUUGAAGGAUGAGUACUCACUGACCGCGUGGCUCAUGUCAUUACAGACCAAUGAAUGAAUGUUCCAUCAAAGCUAGUUUGUUCUUUAAUCAUGUGUGACAUUUUUAAAGCGUGUAUAGGAGUAGGCCCUGUUCGGCAAUAAUGUAACCCACUUAUGUGGCUGUAGAGAACUGACCUUAAUCCAAUUUACAUUCAUGUCUUUGUCUAUAACAUCUAUAACCCUAUCAAUUAGUGUACAAAUAAUUAAACAUUUUCACAAACCUUCAUUAAACAAGGAUUUCGAGAGGAAUCUACUCUAUUAGAGAAUGAAUCUACUCCUAUAGGCCUAUUAAAUUCAGAAACACCAUUUAUGACAACACAGAUCGAAAAGCAAUAAUUUGCUUAGCCAACUAAACUCAACUCCACGAUUUACGAUGGAGUUGAAUGUGACGUCGAGCUCCAGUCCGCCCACACUAGACGCCACUGAACUCUGUCGGCGAGCUCCAUUGUUACUCUUAAUAUUCACUUGCUAAUGCGUCAACAGAACCAGUUGAUUACACCUGGCGAGCAGUGAAAACACUGCCUAUCCGCCAUAAUACACCAGAAUGGGGUCAGCGGCACAGAAAUAUAACAAGAGUUUCUAAACCCAGAAGCGCAACAUCGCGAGACUUCCGGGAACGCUUGCAAAACCGACCAGGUCGGGUUUUGGGGUUUGAGAAGUCAGAGAGAAGUGAACAUUUUUUCCUUAGUUGUUAAUUUUCUAGAAAUCGAAUGGCACAAAGUAGUUUGAGCUAAUAUCUUAAGUAUUUUAACAUGUUAUUACUCCAACCUCGUGAAAGUGACAAACUGAAAGUUUUAAUUUUUGUCAAAAACAACUUUGUCUGGAGAAGUGUCUUUGAGUUGAUGGUUUGCACAUGCGCAGUUCGGCGUGAGACGACCGUUAGACCAGAUUACGUGUUUUUAGCUAUCCAACAUCGCCAUGACAUCGCCAUGACAUACAAGUGUGAUCGGGGAUUUCUAUUGGAGAAGCAUUUUUAGCCUAUCUUCAUACUGGAGCCUACUGUCUUUGGUAAUAUGUGUCACAUCUUACGUCAUAACGUACUGGGAGGUGAGCCUUGGCCUACAUCAGUGCAGUGCUGCUUUUUCCAUGUAGGCUUCUGUUCAUCGUGGUACAGUAAAUAUCAUCUGUCUGCGGUAAGAUCAUGGAGCUGCUUGGCCAGAACAAGAUUGACCAUCACCAGCGCCAGGUGGCCAUUCUCAGCCAAGACAGCUUCUACAGGGUCCUCACACCGGACCAGAAGGCCAAGGCACUGAAGGGACAGUUCAACUUCGACCACCCAGAUGCAUUUGACAAUGAGCUCAUCGUCAAAACGUUGUGGGACAUUUUGGAGGGCCAAACAGUGCAGAUCCCAGUGUAUGACUUUGUCACCCAUUCCAGGAAGGAAGAGGCGGUGACAGUGUACCCAGCAGACGUGGUGCUGUUCGAGGGCAUCCUGAUGUUCUACUCCCAGGAGAUCAGGGACCUGUUCCAGAUGAAGCUGUUUGUGGACACGGAUGCAGACACACGGCUCUCACGCAGAGUGCUCAGAGACAUCGGCGAGCGAGGAAGGGACCUGGAGCAGGUGCUAACGCAAUACAUAACCUUUGUCAAGCCCGCCUUUGAGGAGUUCUGUCUGCCAACCAAGAAAUGCGCUGACGUGAUCAUUCCCAGAGGAGCAGAUAAUCUUGUUGCCAUAAACCUUAUAGUUCAGCACAUCCAGGACAUUCUGAACGGUGGUCUGACCAAACGCCUGAACGGCAGCCUUAACGGUUACGGAACUCCCCGGAAACGGCAGGCGUCAGAGUCCAGCAGUCGGCCCCACUAACCACACCACCCCUCUCUGAACGCUAGGGAUCGAUGGAAGAGGGGAGGAGGGCUCAUCUGUACAUGCAUAAAUACAUACAUACAUACAUACCUACCUGUCUCCUACACUGAAUCAUUUCUUUCUCUAGCAAGAAACUGCAAGGCCUUCAUUUGAUAUUAUGUUUUUUUGGGGACUGGAUGAUGAAAUGUUUUGGAAGGGAGGAAGAGGAUUAGCUCUUUGAUUUGGAACUCUUUCAGUUCAAAGGUGAAGCAGUUAUUUCUGUAUUUUUAUUUGAUAUUCUGGCCCCUUUGAGCUUGCAGAUGUUAAUAAAUGAGGAAGAUGGGUAAAUUUGGGCUGAGCUUGAGCUCUUGCUGUGCGUUCAGUGGUCAGUGCAUUUUGAUUGGUCAUGUUGUCUGUCUGUACUGUUGGAUUGGAAUGGAAGGAAGGACGUGUGACAGAUUUGAUUUGUUACUGAGGGAACUCUGAAACACACACACACACUAUAUGAUCUUGGAAACUAUCCAAGAACACAUGAUUUAAAACUGAAUGCAAUUCACCUCUGUAGACUCCAAUUUAGCAAUUAUUUGAUUUUUUUAAAAAACAUUUUAGUCAUUUAGCAGAUGCUCUUAUCCAGAGCGACUUAGUUAGUGCAUACAUUUUUCAUACUGUAAUCAUGUUUGACAUGGUAUAGGAUGCCACUUCCUUUACUAUGCUAUAACCCUAUAUCCUUUGCCUCAGUGCUACAAGCCUACUCUUGAGCUAGUGAAAGGGAACAUUUUCUUAGGCCCUAUACAUAUUAUUGGCCUUUGCUGACCAAUUCAGUGGGUCAAAGCAACUUAAUGUUUUCUCAAGCUGAAAAAGAGCAGAACUACUUGACUUUACAAAUCAAAGCAAUGUUCUUAGUUUGUACAUAGUGUAGUAUUAUUUACCCUCUUGAUGUUGCUCUUUUUCAAUCAUUUUUCAGUAAUUUCACAGUAUUUGCUUGUUACCAUGCAUCUUGGAACAAACAACCUAAAAUUGAGAACAAAACUGAGAUUGUCUUUUUCAUCCAUCAAUCAAUCUUUACCUCGACCGGUUUUGUGUAUGGUGGCUGACACCCCACCAAAUAAAUAAACUGCAUUCUAUACUUGUGCCCAUGGCCCCUCUUUAAAAACCCUACACAGGGGAGUUUGUAAUGCCCCCAUGUCUCUUGAAUUAUUUGAGGUUCCAACUUAUAACUCUUUUUAAAUGCUCAUGCCCUUGAAGGAUGAGAGAACUAGACCUGCCUCUGUCUGAACAUCAGUAAAGUACAUAUCAUUAUUUACAUAAUGUUCUUUCAUUGCAAGGGUUCAUUUGAUAGCAUUGUUUUAAGCCUACAUAUAUUGUAAGUUGUCUUAAACUGCAGAAUCGUUAGAGGUAAAUUUGCUCUUAAAUAAGAUGGAGAUCAUGUCCAUGUUAGUAACAAUUGACUCAUCAAGCAUUAAUAUCUUUCAUUGCUCUUUACUGCUGCUAUUUAACUGUGUAGUUCCUAGUUCAUCAAUGUAUAACUGUUCUCUGUUUUUUUCUGUUCUUAUUUUCUGCAAUUUUGCAUCACCAAAACAUUUUCCUUUGGGAGUAGGCUCAGGUCAUUCAUAUACUUGAAUUCCCACAUCAAAUUGCCCAAUCAUAUAUAGUUUGAUUUAUCAGUGAUGUAUUCAAAUCAAUCAAAAUAUACUGCAAUAUUCCCAGACUGUGAAAGGUGAGAUUAUGGUCUUGUUAACAUUCACUCACUGAAUGAUGUGCUAGUAGUGUUAUACUAAAGGUUGUACUGUAUUGCAAUGGGUAGCAUACAAUUACAAUGGAUUGUUUUGCUUUCAGAAAUAUAGGUACAAAAAAAGUAUUGACUGCUGUGAUGUUUCCUACCUCAAAAUAUGUAUGAUACCUGUAUGCAAAGUGUAUACUGUAGUUUUGUUCACAUUUCCAGGGCAAAUGAUGGCAUGUCACAAUGUUGAGACAACCAGCCACGUUACUGUUGUCUGUCAGUGCAUCAUCACACCUUUUGUUAUUAUUAACUUCUGAUUGAUUUUAUUGAUAUGAGAAAUGGUUUCUAAAGUACUGUGUUCACGCCAUGAUCAUGACUGUAAGUCGCUUUGGAUAAAAGCGUCUGCUAAAUGGCAUAUUAUUAUUAUUUAGUUAUCUACUUUGUGAGAUGUAGAACCAGAGAAAGUGAACUUAUUGAUUAAAAUGUCAGCUCAGGAACUUGAGAGAUGUUGCCUUUGAAGAGAAAGAGAAGACUAGAAUAUAAUCUUAAACACUAGUAAUACGAUGCCUCACUUAAGUGUAGAGGAAAUGGCCUAACUUGAAUAUGAUGUACAUUACCUUUAAUUUCAAAGGCCUUCAAAGAGUCAGUCAAGUAAUGUAUAUCAUUGGCAGCCAUCUUAGAGACAUUCAGUAACAAAUUAAUUCCCUUGCUCAAAAUAUAUUAUGGUCCAAAAAGCUGUGGAUGUUGAUUGUCUGUAUUUAUUUCAAUCAUUGAAAUGUUGCUUUGUGUAUAAUUAGCUUCAAUGUUGAUGCAAUCUGCUGUAAAUAAAACAAAUGUCUGUUAAUAUAACUCAAUGACAUGAUACCAUAUAUGUUACUUGCAAGAGCUAGAUAGCUACUGUACUGUAUUUGUUCCAUGAUCAGGGUGUAACAGUGAGUCAAUGAGACAGUAAUUUCAACUGCCUCAGUGUGAACGCUAACUGUAUGUAUGUUAGAAUGAAAAACUUUGAAAAUAGUAAUGUGUUAUACAGUAUGUGAAGAAUGAGGCCUUUGACAUAGCUCAGGCAUUGUUGAACAUGACUCUAGCACGCAAGAGACCUGUGAUGAGAGAGGAAUAAAUAGUAUGACUAUAACCAAAACUGUUACCAGACCAACAAGUAAAACAGAAAACCAGGUUACCCAUCACAUUGUGAUGACCAUGACUUAACUGGUUUACCUGAAAGUUGAAAUUAUAAAAUAGUAAAAAGUCUGGAUUUUCUGGUUGACACACCAGGAUAUGACUACAUGAAUACAAGAGCAUUCAUAACUGUAUUAUAAUGUACAUGUAUUAUCAAACAGGUUGUGUAUCAAGAAACUGCAAUCAAACAAUGAAAUAAAGUGUUUGUGCUAUGUG